CGUGCUGCUGGUCCGGGCAGUGACGCAGAGCGUGCAGCGGUUCAAAGAGGAAGGAAGAUGGCGGACAACAAAGGCGAGGAGGAUAUGGAGCCGUCUGCCAGCGCGGAGCCCGCGUCCUCAGCGCAGGACAGCGAGCAGCCAGAGACGACGGCUGACGGCGCCGUGGUGGCGGGAGAGGCGGCGGGGACGGGCGGGGAGGACACGGAGCCCCGGGACGCCGCGGACGAGCCCCCGACGGCCGCCAGCGACGGAGGAGGAGGAGACGGCGGCGCUACUGCUGCUGCUGCUGCUGCGGGGGAAGUCCAGGGCAGCCCGGCCGGGACCAGCAGCUCCUCCGCGGACCCGCCUGCAGCCGAGGCCCCGGCCGCCGCGGAGGCUGCGGUUGGCGGGCUGUCCACGGAGAUCCCCCCGCAGACGGCCCCGGCUCCCAUGAACUACCUGGAUACGUGCGCAGUGUGUAAACAAAGCCUGCAGAGCAGAGACUGCGAGCCCAAGCUGCUGCCCUGCCUGCACUCCUUCUGCCUCAGGUGUCUCCCGCAGCCAGACAGGCAGAUCAGCGUGCAGGUGCCUGGACCCCACGGACAGACAGACACACACAUAGUAAAUGUUAUGCGCUGUUCGGUGUGCCACCAGGACUACAAACAGAGCGACAUUAUUGACAACUACUUUGUCAAAGAUACUUCAGAGGCCACCAGUGCGUCUGAUGAAAAGUCUGCACAGGUGUGCACCAGCUGCGAAGACAACGCAGGAACCAUAGGCUUCUGUGUGGAGUGCAGCGAAUGGCUGUGUAAGACCUGCGUGGAAGCCCACCAGAGGGUCAAAAUAACCAAGGACCACAAGAUCCACACGAAUGAGGAUGCCGACGCUGCCUCCGAGUCUGUCGGUACAUCAGGACAGAGGCCUGUUUUCUGUCCCGUCCACAAGCAGGAGCCACUGAAGCUUUUCUGUGAGACCUGUGACACUUUGACCUGCAGGGACUGCCAGCUGCUGGAGCACAAGGAGCACAGGUACCAGUUCCUAGAGGAGGCCUUCCAGAACCAGAAAGGCAUCAUUGAGACCAGCGUGGCCAAACUACAGGAAAAGAAGAACUAUGUCCAUUACUCUGUCUCUCAGGUGCAAAGCAGGUUAAAAGAGCUGAAUGAGACACACAAGAAGGUGGAGCAUGAGAUCAAAAUCGCAGUAUUUACUCUUAUUAAUGAGAUCAACAAGAAGGGCAAGUCCCUGCUGCAGCAGUUGGAGAGCGUGACCAAAGAGCGCAGUAUGAGGCUUGUGUCUCAGCAUAAGGACACCACCCAGCUGGCCCAACAGAUCCACCAUGUGCUCAGCUUCUGCCAGUGGGCCAUCUCUACCGGCAGCAGCACAGCGCUGCUCUACAGCAAGAGGCUGAUUCUGUUCCAGCUUCGCCAGCUUUUCAAGGCUAGACUGGAGCCGGCGCCCCAGGCCAACGGAGUUGUACGCUUCUUCUGUGACCCCACCUUCUGGGCCAAAAACGUAGUGAAUCUAGGUAAUUUGGUAAUCGAGAAGCCACCUCAGCCUGUGCAACAGCCCGGCGUAAUGGUAGGAGGACCACCCAUUUCUCCGGGCCAAGGUCACGGCAAACACCCGGGACAGAUCAACCUGGCCCAGCUCCGGCUGCAGCACAUGCAGCAGGCGGCCUAUGCACAGCAGAAGCACCAGCACCAGCACCACCAACAACAGCACCAGCACCAGCAGCAGAUCCAGCAACAGAUGCGCAUCGCCUCCCAAAUGUCCCAGCAGCACGCCAGACAGGCCGGGCAACCCAUGGGUCAGCAGCAGCCCCCAAGACUCAUCAGUAUGCAGCAGCUACCGAGAGGGCCUGGGGGUAUGAAUGGUGGACCAGGUCCCCCCAUGUACCCCUCCUCCCAUCAUAUGCGUCUCCCGGGUCCACCACAAGGCCGAAUGCCCACGGCUCAGCCAAGACUUAAUGGACAGCAGUAUCCUGCCAUGAUGCAGCCUCAGCUACAGAGACAGCAUUCCAACCCAGGCCACGCAGGCCCUUUCCCGGUGGCAUCCCUUCAUAAUGCCAACCCCACAAGUCCUACCAGUGCCAGUAUGGCGGGUGCCCAUGCUCACCGCGGACCUGCCAGCCCCAUCAUCGGUCCCAUCGAGCUCAUCCCCUCGGUCACCAAUCCUGAGAACCUGCCAUGCCUACCUGAGAUCCCGCCCAUUCAGCUGGAGGACGCAGGUUCUAGCAACCUUGGACACCUCCUGUCUCGAUACAUCACAGCCAGCACGCAGCAUCACCUUGGCUCAGUGGACAUGAACCCCUCACCUGGACUGUCCACACACUCUCCUGGAUCUUCAGGUCUGUCGAAUGCCCACACACCAGCACGACCUUCUAGCACGUCCAGCACAGGUAGCAGGGGCAGCUGUAGCUCUGCGGGGAGGGCGGGGCCAGGAGGUGGAGCUCCAGUGGAGCAGGUGAGGGUGAAGCAAGAGCCUGGUACAGACGACAGCUACAGCUGUCCAGCUUCUUCUCUGAAGACGGAGUGGGGCAAAGAUGCCGGGAGGAGUGACUGCAUGAUGAGCAGUCCGGAGAACAGCCCCCUUCCUGUAUUGGGAGUUGUAUCUGCUGGCCAAGAUGCUGUUAAGGCUUUAGGGGAGCGCAUCAAAACAGAACCCCAAUCUGAAACUCCUUGUUCUGGACUAAAUGGCUCCAGUGCCGCCACCACCACCACCACCUCCUCUUCUUCAAAUUCCACUAUGACUUUCACUACCUCAUUAUCCUCGGAGAACAGCAGCAGCAGCACGGCAGGUGCCACGCUCACUAAUGGAAACUCCAACAAAGGGACGGACACCAAAGGGGACGGGGCGUUGGCUGGAACGGGCACCUCUGGUGGGAAAGAGGACGACCCCAAUGAAGACUGGUGUGCUGUUUGUAUCAACGGUGGUGACCUGCUAUGCUGUGACCGCUGCCCCAAAGUGUUCCACAUGAAAUGCCAUGUGCCCACCAUAAAAAUCUUCCCAACGGGUGACUUUCUUUGCACGUUUUGCCGGAGUCUGACCACCCCAGAGAUAGAGUACUCUGAAGACAGCAAGAGAGUCAAAGGAGAGCAGGACCUGAGUCCAGAGGACCAAAGGAAAUGUGAACGCCUCCUGCUGCACAUCUUCUGUCAUGAGCUCAGCGUGGGCUUCAGGGAACCUGUUCCUAGCUCUGUGCCCAACUACUACAAGAUUAUUAAGCAGCCCAUGGACCUGAAGAAGGUGAAGAGGAGGCUGCAGUUACGAAGCUCCCAGUACUACAAGUCCAUCCAGGAGUUUGUCUCCGAUAUGCGUCUGAUCUUCACAAACUGCGCAAAUUACAAUGAGAUGUCUCGAAUAAUCCAGGUUUAUGAUGAGGAGAAACAGAUUAAUAUGCAGGUGGGAUCAGAGAUGGCGAUAUCCGGCAAGGCAGUAAGCCUGUACUUUGAGGAGAAGUUGCAGGAGAUGUUCCCAGGACAAAGCUUCCCUGAAACACCCGAAACACCUGAAACCGAGUGCCCGGAAACAAAUGAAAAGGUGGAUGAUGGCGACACGGACGACUCCGAGGACGACUUCAUACAGCCCAGACGCAAGCGGUUAAAAACGGACGAAAAAGUGUACCACAUCAAGUGAGAACCAUUCACAAAAGAAACGAGAAGUGAAAAACUGUCUUCCUCACAUCCCACACUUCUACUUUGUUUGAUGCAGCAGACAAAAAGGACAAGAUUCACUGUACAGACUGCUUUGGGUUAUCUCAUCCUUGCCUUGGAAAGAAUUACUGUCGACUACAUAAGACAUCUGCCUUCAAUGGAACUCUUGAGGACAGAAACAUAGAAGAGCUGCAUUUCCUCCUUAUUUCAUGGACACUCAAGAACUCGCUUGUACAGAUUUGUUUUGCAGUAGUUAAGUUAAUGAUUGCUCCCUUCUUUUCUAUCAUCCAUUUUCAUUUGUAGAUUUGUUGUGACAAAACGUUUGAUUCCUCCGUUCCCAGUUCUUAAUGUAUUAUUAUAUAUACUUUGACGUGAAACCAAGUAUUUGUAUUACUUUGUGGAAGCAUCGUGUAAAUAAGAGAAUCUAGCCCACUGAAGGUAUUCCUACGGUAUAGAUGUUUGGUUGCGUCAUCAAUAAAACUUGUUCUUGAAA